AUGGUGUGCAACCUCAUUUGCAUCACAUCCAUCUUCAUAUACCUGUUAUCCUUCGUCGGCCUGAUCGGCAAUCUCACGGUCCUUUUCGCCUUCAUCAGCAACGCAAUCCGGCACAAGGUGCUUCAGCCUCUGGACCGGAUCAUCGUCAACAUGGCUCUGGUGAACUUCUUUCUCUGCUGCUACAAGACAAUCCCUGGGCUCCUCACUUUGAGCAUCAACAAAGUCUUUAGCGAACUGGGCUGCAGGAUUCUUCUCUAUACGUACCAUACGCUAAGGCUGAUCAGUAUCUGGUCCGUGGAGAACUUGAGUUUCCUCCACCUCAUCAAGAUUCGAAGGCCCAACCACCGGUGGUCCAAGUUCAUCUAUAGGCACCAGGGGCAAUAUGUCAACGGCACCCUUGCCGGCUGCUGGGUAUGCAGUAUCCUCUUACAGAUCCCUUAUAUGCAGUAUGAGAAAACAGUGGGAAAGAGUAACAACACCAUAGCGUUCCUGGCAAUAUCAACCUGUUUAAGAUACACAGGGAGUUUUAUCAUAAUGUUCACCACGUAUGUGUCAGUCUGCUUGGACUUUGUCUUCAUCAUACUAGUCAUUGUUCUCAAUGGUUUCAUUAUUGACCUCCUCUAUAAGCACAGCCGGAAGGUGAAGGCCACCACCUCCAUCGCCAGCAGUGGCUGGAACAAGCACACCGCCCAGGCCACAAAGGUCUUGCUUUCGCUACUCUCCAUAUACGUGGUCUGCUGGAUCUCCAACGAUGUGGCCUGGAUUGCCGUUGUCUCGGGAUACAUCAAGAGCAAUUUUGAGAACGACGUCCUCUACGCGCUCUACGGCAUCCUGUCUUCCAUUUAUUACUCUGCCAGUUCAUACGUUGUGCUGUUUGGCUAUAGAAAAGUCAGGGAGUACUUGCUGGAAGCCUGCUGGUGCUUGAGAUGUGCGAGGCCCACCACGGUUCAGAGCAUGUCCCAGGAAGAGGCACCCCAACGACAAACUUCCGACACCCAGGAUCGCUAG